CUGCAAAAUACGGGAUCUUUAAACAUAUGCAGAAAGGAAUAUUACGCGAGGAUUUCCAUUUUAGCUGUGCAGCACGAGCGGCCAUUGAAUGGGAAGGAGCGAUGGCAGAGUACAGUUGAAAUUACUACUCCAAGCGACGGAAAGAUCGUCAGAUCAACUUUAAAGUCCAAUUCCCAACAAUGUCAAGACAAAUUGAAAAGUGACUUUUCCAUUUCUCGAUUAGUUGCUCCAUCAAAUGAAAACUCCCUCGUCGCCCUCAUUCGUUGGUGGUCAUCAUCUCCGCCUGCAUCAUCCUUGGACGUUGACGAUAGGAAGAUUCUUUUUUGCAACUCUUGGCAUUUCAUCUUUUUUCUCAGCAAAAUUUCUCAGCUUAGUGGUGCCGACCACGAAUCAGCUUCUAAAGGUUAG